UGGUCUGAAUUUCCAAUAUAUUUUCCAGUAUUCCUUCAGUCGUCGCAGUGCUGGGUUAACUCUGGCGGUGUAGAGGGAUAAUUAGUGGUAAUACUGAUUAAUAGAAAUCUUGUGGUUAUUGCCGUAUGAUCCCACUCCAAAACCCAACCAAAAGCUCAAGGUGCCUUUUCACUCCGGUAUACAGAUUAUAGAUCAUGAAGAUUCUGCUAUACUUUGCUAGCAGAUAAAAUGAAGCAAAAAAAGACUAUACUGUAGGCGUUAAAUAAAAAAUUCCAAAAGAAUAUGGACAAAAGAAAGAAAUAAACCCUUAAAGCCUGGGGGGAGGGGGGCUUAAAAGAAAGUUCUUUAUCAAUGUCAAAAAGAGUGUUAACAUAAGUGGCUAAAGACCAUAGCGAGUGGCAUCCAAUCAUCCAGCUUUGAAGGCCAAUCUGAUAAUAUUGUAUGCAGCGAUCGAGCUAGAGUACUGACAGAAGCAAUACAUUUUCUGAUCGUUCAUGUUUAAUGAUGUUGGGAUCUGUUAAAGCUGCCUUUUGAAAAAGGUUGCUUGGGACUUGGGAGGAGUUUGCUAUUAUUUUCCUGCUUAGAAGAAAAACUUGGAGGGCUUUCUCAAUCUGAUAAAAGAAGUAUUGGGUGCUGUGCCACAUUAGCGCUGUGGUUCCUUCUUUGCCACCAUUUGUCUGCGAAAGCAGAGACCAAGCUAGGUUAGACUUCAACCAACCGAGUGGUGAUAAAUGCGCCUGGACCAACAUCCCAUUACCCCUUUGGAACUAUAGAGCAAUAGAAGAUUCUUCUUUUGUCUUUUUUUUCCCUUUUCUCUUCUCCUAUUGAUGGGGUGGGGAAAGUUUCUUUUUCUUUUUUCCAUUUUUUCCCUAAGAAACUAGAAGUAUGGGCGCUCUUCCUUGUCUGAGAGUAUCUAUAAGUAUAUUUUGAUGCCAAACAAAUCAAAAUAUACUUUUCUAAGCAAUUUUUUGGGGGGCAUACAACCUUGAUUAGGCAUUGAUCAACUCCAGUUCUGCUACAUGUACAGUACCUCAUGCUUGUAGUGUCACUAGGCUCACAGGCCAUUGGCAAUCAAAAUAUUUUGUUAAUCUUUCAAAUGGUUGGAGGUAUUAAAAACAUAUUUCAUUUUUUUAAGGAAGGAAAAUUUAUAAGUUGCAGUACCCUUCUCAUUUCUCCUAGGGAAGUACUGGAAUGGUUAGACCAUAGAGCACUGAGGUGCAUUAAUGGGCAUCAAACAUAAAUGCAUUCAAUUAGGAGUACUUAACAUAAAAUCAUAUCAUAUAGUGUAGGACCAACUUAGCUAGACUCAUCUUUCCACCUAACCCCAUCAUAUCUGUAAGUGCUAAUAUUACUUCCUAAUUUAGAAGAUAUAUAUCGUGACUAGAGACGUGCCAGAUCAGCUUUCUCAGAGUUUAUGGCAACUUGGACUUGUAUCUGCUAAUUAAUGACAGUUCAAAGUCAUGAAUAUUAAAGCAGUCAUGCGGGAAUGCAUGACUAAAGUUCAAUGGCCAAGCCAUUAAACAUCAUUUCGAGCACCUCGAUCGGAUUCUGUAUGUGCAAACUAUAUAUAUAUUGAAUCAAAUAUAAUUGGGUAUUUUUGAACUCUUUUUAUCUUAGAUUUUUGAUGCGCGCCUUGGAUCGAGUUCAAAUAACAUGGUAUAUAUCAAUGGCUAACAUGGUUAUGUUUUUUAAUAUUAACAUGUCUAGGUUACUUGUAAAAGACAAAGUAUGAUCUCGUUCCAUGUCGUUCAUUGUUUCUUUUUUGUUUUUUGUUUUUACAAAUUAAUUAACAUAAAAGAUUAUUAAAGAAAAGUUUGUUUUGCCCGAAAUAAUUUCCUAGGGAAAAAGGCUAAAGGUUGUAUAAGCUGUACUCCGCUGUUAUAUAUCGCUGACACUUUUAAGAGGAUUUUGUUCCCCUUAAUUUCUUUUCUAACUCUCUCUCUCUCUCUCUCUCUCUCUCUCUCUCUCUCUCUUUUCUUUUUCGAAAUAAUUCUGAUAUCUGAUGAACUUGCAUGAAGUAUAUUGUGAAAAGUAGAAAAGAGUAUUCUGAUAUCUUGUGAACUGGGUUGGACAUAUAAUAUUUUUAUAAAUUUUUCGAACACUAGUAAAUGUUAUAUAUAUAAAAUAGAGCCCCUGAAUUGUUGACAACCACUUAAAAGAUGAAUGAUGAUCUGUUAACUGGUAAAAGGGACUGAGUACAGCUAGUCUGGCGGACCUCUAGUCUGGCGGACCCUUACAAUUUGUUUCUGGGCAUGCAAAACAUGAAUUAUUGUAUGUGGUUGGCGUUAAAAUUAUGUCAUCUAUAUAAACUUAACGCUCAGGGUGUUCCGUUUCAUCUUACGUGUCAGGAAUUGGCACAAAAGGCUGAAACAUCCUAAGUCUAAUGUGUACAGUUGAACUUCAACCACAUAUAUAAUUGAUUUACUUUAAAGUAACUUCUAAAGAGCAGAAACAGGUUUGCAUGGUUUACUGCCCCUUUUGUGUGACUCUAACAUCAUCUGUUCCAGCGCAUAUCGCAGUAAAAAGAAGAUAUUCGAGUUUGGUUUGGUUUUGUUUUCUUCUUAUUUCUAGAUGAAACAAUUCCUUCUAUAAAUCGAAAGGCUUGCUGGGGCUGAAAAUUAUGAGUUCGGUUAACAGGCCUUAAUUUGUUGGAUGCAAGGUGAGGUACGUUUAAGGACUCCUCGAUCAGUCCUCCCCAAUGUUCAGAAUCUGCUAGUGAAUUUCCAAGUCCAUAAUACUUCGAAAUUCUGCAUAUCCUCAAGAACGAUGAAACCCAACCUGUCUUUCAUGUUCUCUAUUUUCCCUUCUACAUAUUUCUAUUCGGUUUUCUCUUCCCAUUUUUUAUUUUAUUUAAUUUCCUCAAACUUUGUUGCGUUAUUUAGUUUGAUUUGCCAAAUCUGUGAGCCAAACGAUGUUCGACUCAAUUCAUUCGAGCAUAUUAUACUGAGUUUCUGCAGCUACUAGAUCACCCUUUAGUCAAAAUCUAUAUUUAUUGGCAAGUACGUUCUAAAACACUCUCUUAUAUUCCCUCUUUUCUAAUUGAUUUUUAGUAAGUUAAUUUCUUUUCUAAGAAGUUGAUAAUUCUCUGAUAUUAUGAUAUCACUGCUUUGAUUAUUUUGUGAAUCUUUUGUCCACGCACUUAAUUUUGUGCAUGCAUUAAUUGCAUGCCAAAUGUACAUUCUUCUUUCUUUCUUUCUUUGACACUGUUUUCUCCAUCAUGAAAUAUGACCAUUUUUUAGAUUUUUGGAUUUCAUUUUGAAAUCAUCUGCAAAGGACACGUUCCAAUUUUGCAUAUGAAGGACUGAUCAAGAUCUUUGCAUUAUAAGAAAGAAAGAACCAUCAUAUAAAAAUGAAGUUCAUGAAAAUUGGUACGAGGCCGGACACCUUUAACACAGAAGAAGCCACCAGGACGGUGAUUUCAGACUUACCUAGCGAUAUUGUCAUACAAAUUAAUGAUAUCGUUUAUCUUCUCCAUAAGUUUCCACUUCUUCCAAAGUGUGGCCUCUUACAAAGUCUCUGCUCAGAGGCUGGCGAUUCCAAUAACGUUACUGUCGAGCUUCAUGAUCUUCCUGGAGGGGAAGAGGCUUUUGAACUGUGCGCUAAGUUUUGCUAUGGGAUUACGAUUAAUGUCAGUGCUCACAACUUUGUACCAGCACUCUGUGCUGCUAAAUUCCUUGGAAUGAAUGAAACCGUAGAGAAGGGAAACUUGGUUCUCAAACUUGAGGCUUUCUUCACGUCAUGCAUUUUAGAAGGUUGGAAGGAUUCCAUUGUCACACUCCAGAGCACAUCCAAUCUACCUGAGUGGUCUGAGACCUAUGGAAUCACCAGAAACUGCAUCGAUUCCAUUGUUGAGAAGGUCCUCACACCCCCAGCAAAGGUGACAUGGUCCUACACUUAUACUCGACCAGGUUACUCAAAGAAACACCAACAUUCUGUCCCGAGGGAUUGGUGGACGGAGGAUAUAUCUGAGCUUGACAUAGACCUGUUCCGCUGUAUGAUCCUUGCCAUCAGAUCGACAUAUAUCCUGCCACCACAGCUAAUUGGUGAAGCCUUGCAUGUUUACGCCUGUCGUUGGUUACCGGACACUACAAAGCAUAAUCCUCUUGGGAGUUCAGUGUCUCAAACUGAAGAACUCAUGGACAAAUAUAGGCGAGUUCUUGAAAGUAUAGUGAACAUGAUUCCCGGGGAUCGAGGAUCGGUUUCAGUUGGAUUUUUGCUAAGGCUUCUUAGCAUUGCGCAUUAUGUAGGAGCCUCUCCAGUGAUAAAGACAGAACUCAUACGGAAAUCUAGCCUGCAAUUUGAGGAGGCAGCAGUGAGUGACAUGCUAUUUCCCUUACAUUCGACCUCUGAGGAGCACUCCUACGAUGUUGACUUAGUUGUGGCAGUAUUAGAAAGCUUAGUGGUGCUAUGGAGAAGACAGUCCCCUACAGCGGCAGAAAACAGCCAGUUUUUGGGAUCCAUGAGGAAGGUUGGGAAGCUCGUUGAUUCUUAUCUUCAAGUGGUUGCAAAGGAUGUCAACAUGCCAAUAUCUAAAAUAGUAUCUCUUGCUGAGGCAUUACCAGAUAUUGCGCGGCCAGAACAUGAUGAUCUUUACAAGGCAAUCAACAUUUAUCUAAAGGAGCAUGCAGAUCUGAGUAAAUCGGACAAAAAGCGCCUCUGCCGGAGUCUAGACUGCCAAAAAUUGUCUCCAGAGGUACGUGCUCAUGCUGUGAAAAACGAACGGCUACCAUUGAGAACGGUGGUGCAAGUCCUAUUUUUUGAGCAAGAGAGAGGUUCCAAGGAAACUAGUUACAAGCUACUACCCUCGGAGCUGAGUCCUAGAGGAAAGCAGACACUAACUACAGUAGACAAUGAGGGUAAGCUAAAACUGGGUCCAGAUGAAAAAUUUGGUAGAAGGGAAGGCACGGGAAGGACCACCAUUUCUGGAACCACUGAAAAAGAUCAACUCAAAAUGAAGAGAUCAGAUGGGAAAUUGUCCCUAGCAUUGGAAAGAAAUUUGACCUUUGGAGAAAUUGAGGAAGUGGAGUCGGAGAAGGGGAAGGAGAUUAGAGAAGAAGUAGCGCCUAGGAGCAAGUUGGAUCCUAAAAAGAUCAUACCAAAGGGAAGCAGAUCAGACCAUAGCCGUGACAAAGGCAGAGACAGAUAGUAAAUAGAGACCAUCCUGUUUCUGAUUCAUCUUACCGUAAUUGGCUGUUGUUCUGUUACCAAAAUGUUUUUCUUUUAAACUGUUUAUAAGCCAUUUGCAUCAAUUGUGUCC